CUGCGAUCUCUGACUCCCGGCUGCACGCGGGCCCGAGCGGAACUAUCGUGGCGCUCGCAGGGCGGGGCCGGGGCUGGCCCGCGGUUCUGUUCUGCAAGUCGGGAAGGUGCUUCCCUUGAAAGGAGACAAAAGAAGCCAAAAGAAGCAAGAUUGUGAUUCUCAUACAAGAAAAGCACAGUUUUUCAUGUGUGCACCCCCUUCUCAGCUGUCUGAAGAUCCUGCCACUUCUGGAGAGAAGAAAGACGAGGUGGGAGGAUGUCUUUGGAACUUCUCAAAGCUAUGUACCAGGAGUUAGUGACCUUUGGAGAUGUGGCUGUAGACUUUUCCCAGGAGGAGUGGGAUUGUCUGAAUUCUUCUCAAAGGCAUCUAUACAGUAAUGUGAUGUUGGAGAACUACAGGGUCUUAGUCUCACUGGGUCUUUGUUUUUCUAAGCCAAGUGUAAUAUUAUUGUUGGAACAAGGCAAAGAGCCCUGGAUGGUGAAGAGAGAGCUCACACAAAGCGUGUGUUCAGGCUGGGAACCUAUAUCUGAAACUGAAGAAUUAACCGCAAAGCAGAAUAUUUAUGAAGAACACUCAUCACAAAAGAUACUAGGAAAACUUACAAGCCUUGAUUAUCAGCAUUUGAGAGAAAAUUGGAAAUGUGAGGAUCAUCUUGAAAGACACCCCCGGAAUCAGAAAGCUUGUUUUAAGAAAGAGAUGAUCACUCAUGAUGAUGCCCUUGAUGAAAGAGGACAGGAAGACAACAAAUCUUGGGGAUCCUUGUAUUCAAAAAUACAGCUUCAUAAACAACAGGUACUCCCCAAAGAGGAGGAAGUAUAUAAACAUGAAACACUUAGGAGAACCUUUAAAAAGAGUUCAAUUACCGUGAGGCCUAAAAAUAUCUAUACGGAGAAGAAACUUCUGAAAUGUAAUGACUGUGAAAAAGUCUUUAGCCAGAGCUCAUCGCUUACUCUUCAUCAAAGAAUUCACACUGGGGAGAAACCUUAUAAAUGUAUAGAGUGUGGGAAAGCGUUCAGUCAGAGGUCAAAUCUUGUUCAACAUCAAAGGAUUCAUACUGGAGAAAAACCGUAUGAAUGUAAGGAAUGUAGGAAAGCCUUCAGUCAAAAUGCACACCUGGUUCAACACUUGAGAGUUCAUACGGGAGAAAAACCUUAUGAAUGUAAGGUGUGUAGGAAAGCCUUCAGCCAGUUUGCCUACCUUGCUCAACAUCAGAGGGUACAUACUGGAGAGAAACCCUAUGAAUGUAUUGAGUGUGGGAAAGCAUUUAGCAAUAGAUCAUCCAUUGCACAACACCAGAGAGUUCAUACUGGUGAGAAACCUUAUGAAUGUAAUGUCUGUGGGAAAGCAUUUAGUCUUCGUGCAUACCUUACUGUACAUCAGAGAAUACAUACUGGAGAGAGACCCUAUGAGUGUAAGGAAUGUGGAAAGGCUUUUAGCCAGAAUUCACACCUUGCUCAACAUCAGAGAAUUCACACUGGAGAAAAACCGUAUAAAUGUCAGGAAUGUAGGAAAGCAUUUAGCCAGAUUGCCUAUCUUGCUCAACAUCAAAGAGUUCAUACUGGAGAGAAACCCUAUGAAUGCAUUAAAUGUGGGAAGGCUUUCAGUAAUGACUCAUCACUUACUCAACACCAGAGAGUUCAUACUGGAGAGAAACCUUAUGAAUGUAAUGUUUGUGGAAAGGCUUUCAGCUAUUGCGGAUCCCUUGCCCAACAUCAGCGAAUUCACACUGGAGAAAGACCUUAUGAAUGUAAGGAAUGCAAAAAAACCUUCAGGCAGCACGCACACCUUGCUCAUCAUCAGAGAAUCCAUCUUGUGGAGUCACUCUCACCACCCAAUCCAGUCAGUCACCAAAUCCUAUAGACCCUCUGAAAUAUUUAUGUCAUUUAUACCCUUCUCCAUCUCUAAUGUUAUCCCUGGUCUAAGAUGUAUCUCACCUGGAUCACUGCUAGAGAUUUCAUCUGAUUUGGGUCUCCCUAUAUCAUUGAUUCCAUUAAGUACAAUUUCCACCAUGUACCCAAAGUUUUAGUUUUGAAGUAUAAGACCUCACAUAUCAAUGUCUCUGGUUAAAACUUUUUUAAUUUUGCUAUUCUUAAGUUGACAUUCAAUCAUUAAAUGUGUCUAUGGUGUG